ACACUGAAAUGUGACGGUCUUCCAUUUUGUCUUAUAACAUGAUCAUAGAAAUUCUGGUAACUGUCACUGUGGACUGACACAUUGCUUUGAACGAGUUGAUUGGGUCUCCUAUUGACUUCCAUAAUAACACUUAAACAAUCAUCGAUUAAUAACAGCCUAACAGGCGUUUUUUUUGUAAGGAAGUACAAGGAUCUCGACAAGGAUAGUACAUGUAAGACAUGGCAUCAAGUUCGUCGAUAUCAUGCGGACCGUGUGAGUAUCGUAACAUGACACAAACAGCCGAGUUUUGGUGUUCUGUUUGUGAAGAGGGGUUAUGCAGAAACUGUCAUGGCCACCAUUCUGCCAUUAAGUCGACCAGAGAUCAUGAAAUUAUGCUGAUAAAGGCAUACAAAACCUUGGCUAAGGGAUUGCUAUCUGCAAACAUGGAAUGCGAUCUUCAUAAUGAAAAGUUUGAAUUGUAUUGUCCAUCACAUGAAAUUCACUGUUGCGUUCAUUGCGUGAGUACAAAACAUGAACACUGCACCGGCGUGACAUCACUACGGAGGGUUGUACAGAACAUCAAAGCAUCGAACUCUUUAUCAAAUCUUAAAGGGAAUCUGAACGAGAGAUUAAAAAAACAUCGAUGAAUUAAUUAAAAACGGAACUGACAACUUAAUUAACAUAGACAAAGAUACAGAAAAUAUCAAAACGGAAGUCAGUAAAGUCCGCAUGAAUAUUGAGAAAAAACUCAAUAUUUUGGAAACUAAAAUCGUGAAAGAUAUCAAUUCUAUCCACUCUCAACAAAAAACAGGUAUAGUAGACACAGUUAGAAAACUUCAACAGAAAAGAGAGGCUCUAAACCGGACAUUGAUUGACUUUGAGAAUCUCCAGAAGAAUGCUAGCGACUUCCAUAUCUACAUGGUAAUGAAGAAAUUAGAAACUGAUCUCUCGGAAGAAGGGAAGGAAAUUAAUUCGCUCCUUUUACAAGAAGAAAUAAAAUUAAAAAGAUUAUCUUUUUCUCCAAACGCUGACUUUCUUAGCACCGUUUCGAAAACUGUCUCUCUGGGUAAUAUAGCUGUUAGAACCAAUCAGUUUUCAGUAUUAAACGAAAUCAAUACAAACGCACAAAGUUCUUUGACCGUAUCGACCAAACGCAUCACUUCCGUGCAUCCAAAAAUGCGUCUUUCCGGUUAUAACGUUUAUGAAGGGGAUGAUAUUAACAUUUCAAGUAUUAUUGUCCUUCCUGACAGAAAAAUACUCCUAGCAGACUUUGGAGAAGAUGGUGGUAUCCUUUUGUUCGGUGAAAGUGGUCACUUUAUUACAAAAAUGAAACAGUUCGGAAAACCAUAUGGAACUGCCCUCAUCGAUGAUUUUCGCAUGGCAGUUUCUUUUCCCAACAACGGUAAUAUUAAAAUACUUAAACUGGGCCCACGAAUUUCACUGAUCUAUACAUUACAAAUGGAUGUCGAUUUAAACGCGAUUUCUUUCUAUGAUAAGCACAUCAUUGUUUGCUCAAGACCACAAAGUGUUCUAUUUGUCGAUUUGAAUGGUGCUAUUGCCAAGAGGUUAGAUUUAGGAUUACCUAGUGCGCGCAUCACAUUUAUCCAUUGUCUUAACAACAAGAUGCUCAUUUCUGAAUUUUUGAGUGACACCAUUUACUGCUUCGACUUUUAUGGAAACGAGAUAUGGAACAAACAUUUUGAAACUGGUCAAGAUACAAGAAAUGUAUGCGCCGAUAAAUUCGGAAAUGUGUAUUGUGUUGGAAUGAAUAGUGGUACGCUUGUUUGCUUGUCUAAAGAUGGACAAAAGAUUCAAGACCUCACCUCGUUCCGAAAUAAUUUAGUGAUGCCUAAAGCUAUAUAUUACGACGAAAGAUCCAGGACGCUCCUCAUCGCCAGUCAGCAAAUGCAAUCUGCUGCAGUUUUCGAUUUGGUGACGGUCUAA